AGCAGUUCCCCUCCCCGACAUGGUGGUGGGACACACAAGACCCGACGGGCAUGCUGGCGGCAGCGGCGACUUUGGCGGGCAUGACGCAGGCACCAUCAAGGGGCACCGAGGAUCCGUCCUUCACUUCCUGAGAGACCCUUCCGAUCAUGACGGUGAAGGUCAGGCAUACGAGUACUUCGAAGACGGCAUCCUGGUAGUCGAGCAUGGCAAGGUCGUCCACUGCGGCGAUGCUGAGGACGUGAAGUCUCGGUAUCCACACUUAGAGAUCGAAGAUCACACUCCCCACCUCAUCGUCCCGGGCUUCGUCGAUUGCCAUGUCCACUAUCCGCAAACUGAGAUGAUCGCUGCAUACGGGGAGCAGCUCCUGGAGUGGCUCGACAGCUACGUCUUCCCGGUGGAGGCGAAAUUUGGCGACCACGAGCAUGCAAGCCAGGUGGCGGACUUCUUCGUGAAGGAGCUGUUGAGGAGCGGGACGACCACAGCUCUCACCUUCUGCACUGUGCACGAGGAGUCAGUUGAUGCUCUCUUUGAGGCCAGCAGCAAGCGGAACAUGCUCAUGAUCGCCGGGAAGGUGCUGAUGGACGCGGAUCCCUACGCUCCUGAGCAGCUCAGGAUGAACGCGGUCAAGAGCUACGAGGCGAGCAAGCGGCUGAUCGACAAGUGGCACAAGCGAGGACGUUGUCUGUAUGCUGUGACUCCUCGAUUCGCCAUCACCUCCACCCCGGAAGAGCUCCAGCUCGCCGGAAAGCUGCUCGGCGAUCACCAACAUGACGGGGUUUACAUGCACACGCAUCUUAACGAGAACAAGUCAGAGAUCGAGCUCGCGACCUCCAUCCAUGGCUCAGAGUCCUACCUCUCCAUCUACGACAAAGCGAAGCUCCUCGGCCCCCGCUCGGUCUUCGCUCACUGCGUGCACAUGAAGGACUCGGAGUGGAAGCAGAUGAAGGCAACCGACAGCGUCAUGGCCUUCUGCCCGACCUCCAACCUCUUUCUCGGCAGCGGCCUUGUCGACCUGCAUGCGGUCAAGGAGCAUAAAAUCCGCUGUGGCCUCGGCUCGGACGUGGGAGGAGGAACAAGCUUCUGCCAGCUCCAGUCCCUCAACGAGGCCUACAAGGUUGGACAGCUCUCGGGCUUCAAGCUGGAUCCCCUCAGCGCCUUCUAUCUCCUCACUCUGGGCUCAGCUUCUGCUCUUUCCUUGAAUGACAGGAUAGGGAACUUCCUCCCGGGCAAGGAGGCAGAUUUUGUUGUUCUUGAUCCUGGAAGCACUGCCCUCCUCCGCCAUCGGGUCAGCCUGUCAAGCACGCUCCAGGAGAAGCUUUUCCUCCUUGCCACCCUUGGUGACGACAGGUGCAUAGCCAAGACCUUCGUGACUGGAUGCUGCCAGUUUCAACGCAGAUUGGAGAAAAGUGCGCAGGCAUUGUAGGAGACACAGGGACGGGAAGGGGAGGGGUAAGAGAUCGUUGGAGUGAGGUGAAACGUGAACAGAGGUGAUAUGUGC